AUGCAGCCUAUGUUCAUUUAUAUUUGCUUACAUAUUUAUGUUGUUUAUUGUUUCUUAUUGAUUUCCAACUUUGCUAGCUUACAUUUCAAGUCAUUUUUCUUAAACCUGAAGAAGAUGCUUUUAUAUGUUUUCUACAGCACAUCUACUGCACUUGGAUUCUUUGUGGUGGCACACACCUUUAAUUCCAGCACUCUGGGAGGUUCAGUAGGAGAACUGCAAGUUCAAGCCUAGCCCGUGAAAAUUAGUGACUUAAGUGAGAUCUUGUCUCAAAAAAACCUUUUUUUAAAAAUAGGUGGGAUAUGUGGCUCAGUGUGACAGCCCACCAUCUCUAGUACCAUAAGAAACAAAACACACAAAAAAAAACCUGUCAGUUUGACUUUUAUAAAAAAUAUUUUCAUUAAAUAUAGAAUUAGAGGCUUGAGGUUCUGGUCUUAGCCAUUUGAAGAUGUUAUUUCACUUUUAUCUGAUUUUUUACUGUUUUUGAAAGAUCUCCUGUUUGAAGGCAAUAUGUUUAAAAUCUGAUAUUUUUUCUCAAUUUUAGAAAAUUCUCAACCAUACUUGGUUUUUCUCAGAUUUCAGUUACAGUUAUUAUAGACUCAUUUACAAUAUCUCAUGUGUUUCUUUUUAUUUUUCUUGUAUUUUUCAUUCUCUUUUGUUUUUGUUUUGAUCUUUGACUUUUACUUCUCAUAUAUCCUCUGAUCCACAAAUUUUUCUUCCUCAGUGGCUAAUUUGCUCUUAAACAUCUGCAUUAAUUCUUUGAGUGAAUUUUUCAGUUCUAUAAUUGUAGCUGUCUUUCCCAAACCUAACUUGUUGCCGUUUAUAAUUCCCAUUUUUUUGUCCUGUGCUCUCAAUAUUGUUUUUCAAUUCCUAGAAAUUUCAUACUUUUCACACAUAUAUCUGGUACUUGUUCCUGUUAUAUUUUCUCCUAUCCUUCACUUGGUGGUUUGUUCCAACAUUUUCAAUAUGUGUUGAAAUUGUGUCUUAAAAUGCUUGUGGAAUUAAUUUGAAGCUCAUAGGGUAGCUUGGCAUUUUUCUCCUGGUAGGUAAUUUUCACUGUAAAAAGCACAAACCACUGAGUAUGAUCAUAUUUGUAUUUUAAUAUCACUUAAUUACUACUAACACAAGCACCGUAUAUUUUAACAAUGUACAAAACCUACUUCCUUCUUUCCUGUAGUUUGUUUCUCAUGAAUUUCCUUUGCUGUAGUAUUAAAUGUGCAAGUAGGGAAUUUUGUAUAAUCUCAGGUGCAGGCGUAAAUUAGUGUUUUGAUAUUGUAUUGGUCAGCUUUCCCAUUGCUAGGACAAAAUAUUGAUAUCUACAACUUCAGAUCAUAGUCAGAGGGCUCCAAGGCAGAAACAAGAUGGUGAAAGUUGUGGUGAAGGAAGUUGCUUACUUCCUGGCAACCGGAAAACAGAGACUGGGGGAGACUCAGAGAGAAAGGGACCAGAGACCGGAUAUAGUCCUCAUGUCACUCCUCCAUGAUUCUUCCAGAUGCACCCAGAGCUAAUCCCCAAGAUUUGAAAUCAGAAGCACAGCUACCCAGGAACACGCAACUCACAAUUGUGUAUGGAUUCAUAUGGGAAAUGCUUACGACCAACCAUGCAAUAUUUCCUCAUUCAGUAUCUGUGAGAAGCUCCUGUCAGGGAGAGGAGAGCUCAGCACUCCUCUUUCUGCUUGGCGCCCGGUGGCCCUGACGCUGCUGACUUUGUGCCUGGUGUUGCUAGCUGGCUUGGCUGCCCUGGGCCUUGUGUUUUUUCAGUUCUAUCAGCUCUCCAACAUUCAGCAAGCCCUCAUCACCGAGAAGGAAGUAAGGUUGGGGAAUCUGUCCCAGCAGCUGCAAUCUCUUCAACUUAAAAACAAGAAGCUCGCGGAAACUCUGCAGCGCGUGGCUGAAAAACUCUGUCGUGAGCUCUAUAACAAAAGUGGAGGACCCAGGUGUAGCCCUUGCCCAGAGAAAUGGAAAUGGCGUGGGGACAAAUGUUACCAGUUCUACAGAGACAGUAAGAGUUGGCAGGGCUGUGAAUACUUUUGCAAUGCUGAGAACUCUACUAUGCUGAAGAUAAACACACAAGAAAUUCUGGACUUUUCCAUGCUUCAGAGCUACUCUGAGUUUUUCUACUCUUAUUGGACAGGGCUCUCCCGCAAUGGCAGUGGCAAGGCCUGGCUGUGGAUGGAUGGAACUCCUUAUUCCUUUGAACUGUUCGAGAUAAUAAUAGAUGCCAGCAGUCUGAGAAACAGGGACUGUGUGACCAUCCUCAAUGGCAAGGCCUUCUCCAAAGACUGCAGAGAGCUGAGGCGGUGUGCAUGUGAGAGGACGGCCGCAAGAGUGGAUCCCGAGAAGCUGCUCUAGCUGCCCUGAGUCUCUGGGUGGGGACGCUCACCGUUCAGCUCCCACUCCAACCCAAAGGCCAGGCCGUGUGAGGCCAGCACAAGGGAUUAUGCAAUGUGAGACACUGGAAGUGGAACAUGUUCAGGAAAAGCAAUUUCUUUUCUCCUGCUCAGGAUCACCAGCCUUUCUGAGCUUGAGCUUUGGCACAUAUAUACCAAUCAGAAGUCUUGUUCAUGGAGCACUGACUGGCCCCAGAAACCCAUGAAGCUGUCAUCUACCUUCUUGAUUUGGAGAUAAAUUUUUAGUUUUCUUCCUUCUUAGCACCUGGUGUUACUGCCUUGUUUCCUUGUCUUCCGUUUGCUUAAAGAAGAACCUUACUGAAGUAGAAGAAUUCAGUGGAAAUGGUGUUGCUUGCUCCAGCAAUCAGGUGGCCCAGGAGAAAUUUGCAGACAUUUACCAUACUUGCUGCUGAGUAUACAGCUAAUUCUGUGUGUUCCCAUUUUAUACUUGUUCAGCCUCUCAGUAAGAGUCAAUGUGCUUUGCCAGUGGCCAGCUGUCCAACUGAGAUAUCUCUCUUUAUGAGAUGUUAAAUUCUUAUAAAUAUACCUCUUUGUGCCCAUGAAGAUUCCAAGAACUGUUUCUUUUCCCUAGGAAUUUAUUUUCAGUAAUGUCAAUUAAAUAUUCCCAACUAAAUUCUACAUCAGAAUCACUGCCUCUUCAAAGAGAUUGAAGACAAGAAAGAGAAAAAGUCUCUCUUAAUUGCACCUGGCAUGGUUUGGGUUCAGUUGUCACUGCCUCCCAUUUGAUCCAUGUUUAUAUUUUUCAGGUACUAAAGAUUUAAUAAUAAUAAAUUAAAUAAUGUGAAGUA